UUUGGAGACACCACCAUUCCCAAUGCUUGAAACUCUUUCGUUUUAUUCAAUGCCUUGCUGGAAGGAGUGGCGUUCACUGGAGUUCAAUGCGUUUCCGAGACUCCGGGAGCUUUCAAUAAAUAGCUGUCCCCAUGUUGAGAAGAGAUUUGCCCAAUCAUCUACCAUCUUUGCAAUCACUUGAGAUUACUAAUUGCAAGCAGCUGAGUUGGUGUGUUCCAACAUCUCCUGCCAUGACCUCUUUAAGGAUAGAAGGCAGGAAUGAAGUGAGAGUUGGGGAGCUACCUCCUUUACUGCGUGAGCUAUCAAUUGCAGGAAACCAUCACGUGGAGUCGGCGGUAGAGGCCAUAAAGCACAUGCAACUGAAUUGCCUGACGUCUUUAUACAUUGCAGAUUGUUCCUCCCACAUAUGGUUUCCAGUGAGUGCUAUUCCCCCAUCACUACAGAACUUGACGAUAUUCUAUUGCAGAGAAUUAGAAUUUGAAAUGGAUGGGCAACAUCACUCGCUGCACGAACUAUCAAUACAGAACAGCUGUGAUUCAGUUACAUCCUUUUCGUUGUUGGAUUCCUUUCCAAAUCUCGUGCGUGUUGAUAUCAGCUACUGUGGAAACAUGGAGUGUAUUGUGGUGUCACGCUCUCUUUCAUCUCUCCGCGAUUUAAGAAUCACGCAUUGUGGGAGUUUGAAAUCUGUGUCAACGCUAUGGAUGGCAGCACCUCAGCUAGAGGUUCUCACAUUACUGGGUUGCCCAGAGGUUGAUUUGUCUCCUACAGGGGAUGGGGAUCCACACCGUAGCCUCAGAUCUCUUGAAAUCAGCUACAGCGAGAAACUGGUGAGCUCUGCAGCAUUCAUGAAUUCGCAAUUUCAUGGGCUUACUCAUCUUUCCAUUCAUGGUGAAUACGGCAAGAGUGUGAAGUCGCUCCCAAAGAAAGGUUGGUUGCCUGCCUCGCUUGAGUCUCUCACACUGUUUGUCAUUGAAAGUGUGGAGACGUUGGAAUGCAAGGGACUUGCCCACCUCACCUCCCUCCAAAGUUUAACUAUUCUGGGAUGUCCCAAGUUGGAGAAUAUGGAGGGAGAAAAGCUGCCUGCCUCUCUAAUACAACUCAUCAUCUUAGGAAGCCCUUUGCUGGCCAAACAAUGUCAGAAGAAGGAUCCACAGCUUUGGCCCAAAAUCUCCCACAUCCCCGCCAUUCAAGUUGAUUACAGAUGGAUUUGAUUAUCCAUCGAC